AUGCUGCCAGGCACCCAACAAACCGGCGGCCACCUUAGCCACACGUCCGCCCACAAGAGCCUUCCCGGCUCCCCUCCCGUCGCGGCUGCUGCUUGGAGUGCAUCGUCUCCGUCGAGUCGUGCGUUCUUUGACAACGACCGGUCGGCUGGGCCGUCUGCAGCAGCAGCUACUGAUGGCGGUGACUACGGCGAGUGGCCUGCCUAUAGUCAUGGUGGUGAUGAUGGUGACGGUGGUGACGAUGAGCCCCUUCCAUUCGUGGGCCCCAUGUUCGAAGGCGAGGGGUGCAGGCAUCGCACGGCACGGGCAGUAGUGGGGAUGGGCUGGCCGACCGAUGGUACAACGACAUGGCCGGUGCUGCUCAUGGGUACGCCAAUGCAUUCAAUAGCGUAUGCAAAUUCAAUGCUCGACCAUCACAUCCAUCCACCCAUUCUGGUGCUAUCGGUGUGGUAUGCAGGUUUUCUGGUCAUGGGGUGCAGAGAGAGAAGUACGAAGAGGAAAUGCGGCACAAGUGAGGCAGCUGCCCACGAACACCGAACAAUUGAUGUGACCGAAUGUCGUUGUUUGUUGUGUGUAUGUGUGUGUGUGUGUGUGUGUGUUUUCAUUCAGGCUGGCUGGCCUCAGCAUGCAGCAGCGGCGGCAUCCCUCCUCAUUCAGCAGCUCGUCUUCCUCGCCCCCACCCCCGCCCCCCCCACCGCAGCUGCCCAAGGCGGGUGCAGGAAGCAGAAGUGUUGCUGGUGUAGCAGAUGAGCUGUCGUCGCCUGACCGCCACAGGCCCCUCUUCGCUCCCUUCGCCACCAAUUUCAGCGACCCGCAGCGGAACCAGCAGGCACUCGGCAUGGUGCAGCCUUCCCCCUUCGCCCCACACCAGGCCAUUCCCUCUCAUCACAGCAACCACCACCACCAGCUGCAGGGCAACAUGCGAGGCCAGACGCCCUCUCACGCCGCCCCAUCUGCCAAAUAUGUGUACCAUGAUCACCCUGCCAACGAACAGCACCGACACGCCAACAGGUCGGACCAGCGGCCGGGCGCCAGCCAACCCUUCGGAGGCGUAGGGGGCAUGGCCAUGCAUGGGCACCAGGGGCAGCAGGUGGCAGGCGGCCGUCGCCUCGCUGACCGGUUCAGAAGGCCACAGAGCGAUCCCCUGAGAGACCUUUGUUGGGAGUAAGAUGACUGACACAUCACACACAUCACACUCAUGCAGACCCCACACACACAUCUCCAUGGAUCAGUCUUGCUGUUCUGCAGAGGGGCGAGCCGCCUGAGCUGUGUGUUUUCUCUCCAAUAUAGCUUCGCUAGGCCCUCAAGUAAGCGGCGGCUCGCCGGCGAGUGGAACGCCAUUAAACAUGGCAGCAAUGAGGAUCCCUGCAAUGAGACUCCAUCACCCUCUGUGUAUCCUUGCUGUCAGUCAUCUGCCUCACCUUUCCCCCCUCCCCAAAUGCGCCUCGCACAGCACGGGCAGUGGUGGGGAUGGGCAGGCCCUGGGGAGGCAGGACGAUCGCUGCUGCUGCUCAAGGGUAAGCCAGGGGACCAGCGCAUGCAACCUUCAAUGCUCGACCAUAUCACAUCCAUACAUACCAACUUUGGUGUCCAGGUCUUCUGCUUGGUUGUUGUUGAGUGAGAACGUGGAAAUGAGGAAGUGUGGCGAACGUGAGGCAGCUGCCCUCGAAGACACAGCAAUCUCAUUGCCUGUUGUGGUUGUGGUCAGCAGCAUCGUCCUCGUGUGGCUCAGGUGCCCAGGGCCGGUGCAGAAGGUAGAUAUGUGGCGGGUGCAGCAGACGGGGUGUCGUCGCCCAGAGCAGCGGGUCAACGGCUUCAGGAGCAGGGGCAGCAAGAGACAUGACGUACACACGUAUUCUUCCCAUCAUCCUUUAACAAUCCACAAGCAAUCCAUCAUACUUGCCUUUGUCUCUCUCUGUUGCAGCUCUAA